UCAGAGGCAGAAGCAUCUAUUCACAGCCGAGGGGGAUCCCGAGUCCCUACCGGAGCUGUUUUAUCCUGGGGAGGCGGGUGAUCGGCACAACGCGGGACACGGCACGCACCCGGCGAACGCCUGAGGAGUAGGACUGAGUCUAAAGAGAUUUUGGGGGGAAAUUCGUAGUAACUAAAACUUGGAAUGCCGCUUGCUUCCCCCCAUCUUGCUGGAUUGGCUGGGCAGUCUGGAAAAUGGUAAAUGAUCAUUUGGAUCAAUUACAGGCUUUUAGCUGUGUUGUCUGUCAUAAUUCAUGAUUCUGGUCUGGGAAAAAGACCAACAGCCUACGUGCCAAAAAAGGGGCAGAGUUUGAUGGAGUUGGGUGUACUUUUAUGUGCCAUUUUCCUCUACACCUAGAGGAAAGCACUUUUGCAGGCAUUCUGUGCAGGGGGAAUCAUGUUUGACUGUAUGGAUGUUCUAGCAGUGAGCCCUGCUCAGAUGCUGGAUUUCUACACUGCGAGUCCGUCUUCCUGCAUGCUCCAGGAGAAGGCUCUCAAAGCAUGCUUCAGUGGAUUGGCACAAACAGAGUGGCAACACCGACACAGUGCUCAAUCAGUUGAAACUCAGAGCACCAGUUCUGAGGAACUUGUUCCAAGCCCUCCUUCACCACUUCCACCCCCUCGUGUUUACAAGCCCUGUUUCGUCUGUCAAGACAAGUCAUCUGGCUAUCACUAUGGUGUCAGUGCUUGUGAGGGAUGUAAGGGCUUUUUCCGCAGGAGCAUCCAGAAGAACAUGGUUUACACAUGUCACAGAGAUAAGAACUGUGUUAUCAAUAAAGUUACCAGAAAUCGCUGCCAGUACUGCAGACUACAGAAGUGCUUUGAAGUGGGAAUGUCCAAAGAAUCUGUCAGAAAUGAUAGGAACAAAAAGAAGAAGGAACCUUCAAAGCAGGAGUCCACAGAAAACUAUGAAAUGACAGCAGAGUUGGAUGAUCUCACUGAGAAGAUACGAAAAGCUCACCAGGAAACCUUCCCCUCGCUCUGCCAGCUGGGAAAAUACACUACAAACUCCAGCGCAGAUCAUCGUGUUCGACUGGACCUUGGACUUUGGGACAAAUUCAGUGAACUUGCAACAAAGUGCAUUAUUAAAAUAGUGGAAUUUGCAAAGCGAUUGCCAGGCUUCACAAGUUUGACCAUUGCAGACCAGAUAACUCUACUUAAAGCCGCCUGCCUGGAUAUACUGAUCCUUAGAAUUUGCACAAGAUACACACCAGAACAAGACACCAUGACCUUUUCAGAUGGCCUUACCCUAAACCGAACUCAGAUGCACAACGCCGGAUUUGGCCCACUGACUGAUCUCGUAUUCACGUUUGCCAACCAGCUCCUGCCUUUGGAAAUGGAUGAUACGGAAACAGGUCUCCUUAGUGCCAUCUGCUUAAUCUGCGGAGAUCGCCAGGACCUUGAAGAACCAGUAAAAGUGGAUAAGCUUCAGGAACCAUUGCUUGAAGCACUGAAAAUCUAUAUCCGAAAGAGACGACCCAACAAGCCUCAUAUGUUCCCAAAGAUCUUAAUGAAAAUCACAGAUCUUCGUAGCAUCAGUGCAAAAGGUGCAGAACGUGUCAUUACAUUGAAAAUGGAAAUUCCUGGAUCCAUGCCACCUCUUAUUCAGGAAAUGUUGGAGAACUCUGAAGGACACGAACCACUGACACCAACCUCAAAUGGAAAUACUGCAGAACACAGUCCUAGUAUCUCGCCUAGUUCAGUGGAUAACAGCAGUGUCAGUCAAUCCCCUAUGGUGGAAUAAGACAUUUUCCAGCUACUUCAAACAUUCCUAAUACCUUAUGUACAGGGAUGAAAAGCAAGAAAAACAUUUUUACUGCUGCUUAAGUUUCUGGACUUUAUAUAUAUCUAUAUAUGUAUAUAUAUAGAUGAAAACUCAACAAGGACCAAGAAAUUUUCAUAUGUAUCGAUAUAUACUCCUUGCUGUUUAAACUCUUAAAACUAGAAAAAAUGCAAACUUUUGAAACUCUAAAUCAGCCAUUUCAUGCAAAAAAAAAAA